AAAGCUGAAGAACAAAUGAGAAAGGCUUUUGUUGAGUUCUAUCAAAAGCUUCGACUUCUGAAAAACUUCUGUCUCUUAAAUGUGUUGGCAUUUUCCAAGAUCAUGAAGAAGUAUGACAAGAUCACCUCAAGGAAAGCUUCUAAAUCAUACUUAGAGAUGGUUAAUAAAUCUUAUCUUGGUAGCUCUGAUGAGGUUGCUAAGCUCAUAGAAAGAGUGGAGGCCACAUUCAUAAAGCAUUUUGUCAAUGGAAAUCGAAGGAAAGGAAUGAAAUCUUUAAGACCACAAGCUAAAAGAGAAACGCAUAGAGUAACAUUUUUCCUGGGUUUGUUCUCUGGCGGCUCAAUAGCAUUAGUGGCAGCUAUUGCUGUAUCCAUACAUUUCGGAAACCUUCUACAGCAUGAGGGUCGUGGGCAGUAUAUGGAAAAUAUAUUUCCACUCUACAG